AUGAAAGAAGCCAUUAUUGACAAGACCGUCUCGGUCAUCAUCCGCAACGUUGACAUCCCCAAUCCUCAACCUGGGCAAGUUCUCAUCCGAGUAGUGGUGUCAGGUACCAACCCAAAGGACUGGAAACGCCCCAAAAAGCAACCAGGAAAUGCUGCCAUAAAUCAGGGAGACGAUAUUGCCGGGUAUGUGGAGGCAGUGGGAGAUGGAGUCCAGAACUUCCGUAAGGGAGACAAAGUGGCCGCUUUCCAUGAGAUGGGUAGCCCGCAUGGAAGUUAUGGCGAAUACGCCAUUGCAUGGGAAUACACAACAUUCCAUCUUACGGAGAAAACUAGCUUUGAAGAGGCUGCUACUAUCCCUCUCGCUGCAAUGACAGCUGCAUUGGGCCUAUAUCAACAGCUGAAACUUCCUCUGCCUUGGGCUCCCGCCGAUAAACCCACUCCGCUGGUUGUAUAUGGCGGUGCCUCGGCGGUUGGCGCAUUUGCGAUCAAGUUCGCUCAGCUAUCGAACAUUCACCCUAUCAUCGCAGUCGCAGGCAAAGGCGCUCCCUUUGUUGAGACUUUGAUCAACAGAGAGAAGGGUGACACGAUCGUUGAUUAUCGCGAAGGCGACGACUUUAUCUACUCGGGAAUCCGGGCUACAAGCAAGGGUGUACCCAUUCAGCAUGCCUACGAUGCCGUGUCUGAGAAGGGAAGCUAUGAUAAUCUUGGUGCUGUUCUCGAUAAGCCUGGGAAGAUCACUGUCGUUUUACCCGCCGAACUCCAGACACCACAGGAGCAAAUUACCAUCCAUCGGACUAUGGUUGGGUCUGUUCAUACGCCCCCUACUGAGGGCCAGGCUCUUGGUGAUAAUGAGUUUGCGGCUGCUCUUUUCCAAUUCAUUGGUCGAGGUCUGGCACAGGGUUGGUUCUCGGGUCAUCCAUAUGAAGUGAGAAAAGGUGGACUAGGAGGUCUCGAGGGUGCAUUGAAAGAUCUGGAAGCUGGCAAGGCAUCUGCGGUGAAAUAUGUGAUUAAGAUUGCUGAAACUGAGGGAGUCGAGCAGUAG